AUGGCCCUGGGGGCUCUGAGACUCUCUCCUUUCCUGCCAGGUGCCCAGCAGAGUGCCACAGUGGCCAACCCCAUGCCGGGGGCCUCUUCGGACCUGCUGCCCCACUUCCUGCUGGAGCCCCAAGAUGUCUACAUCGUCAAGAACAAGCCCGUGAGCCUGGCUUGCAGGGCGACGCCCGCCACCCAGAUCUAUUUCAAGUGCAACGGGGAGUGGGUGCACCAGGGCGAGCACGUCACGCAGCGCAGCACGGACCAGGGCACCGGGCUGCCCCUCAUGGACGUCCGGAUCGAUAUCUCCCGGCAGCAGGUGGAGCGGAUCUUUGGGCUGGAGGAGUACUGGUGCCAGUGCGUCGCCUGGAGCUCCUCAGGGACCACCAAGAGCCAGAAGGCCUACGUGCGCAUUGCCUGUGAGUGCCCCCGCCCCCCCUCCGCUGGCCCCCUGGGCAAGGGGCACGGAGCUCCCGGCUCGAGAUCCUGA